CUCUCAGUGGAGAGUUUAAUAUUAUUAACUUUCUUAUUUUCCUCUUAGUUUAUCUCUUCUUCUUGAUGCUCAUUGUAGAUGGGUUUCCGUGUCGAUUUUUUAAUUUUUUCUUUGAAAUUUGUCUCUUAUCCUAAAAUAAAUAAAAUACUUUUAUAAUGUGAGCUUGAGAAAUCACCAUUAACAUAGUGGACUAUCUUUUUGCAAGAUAUAUUAAUUAAUGCUUUACUACACACAAAUAGUUCAAGUGACAAACACAGUGUUAGCAUUAGAUACAAAAAUUGAUUAAUCCACCAACCACUCAACUCAACUCACACCAACCAAUUUCUCCGACAAUGAGUUUCUCCGGCGACGGCGACAAAGUGUGCCACGUGUUAGCUAUGCCGUUUCCUGGAAGAGGACACAUCAACCCCAUGCUAAGCUUCUGUAAGAUCCUAGCUUCACGAAGACCAAACCAAGUUCUGAUAACCUUUGUAAUCACCGAAGAGUGGCUCGGCUAUAUCGGCGCCGAUCCAAAGCCGGAAGCCAUCCGCUUUGUUACUAUUCCUAACGUGAUUCCAUCAGAACGCGAGAAAGUAGACAAUUUUCCCGGCUUCUAUGAAGCCGUCAUGACGAAGAUGGAAGCGCCGUUUGAGCGGCUUCUUGAUGAGCUUGUACCACCGGUGGAUGUGAUUGUCGGCGACGUUGAGUUGCGGUGGCCUGUUGCUGUUGCUAAUAGGAGGAAUAUUCCAGUGGCUGCGUUUUGGACCAUGUCGGCGUCGUUUUACUCUAUGUUACAUCACCUUGAUGUUUUCUCACGUGACCAACACUUAACAAUGGAUUCACUUGGUGAAAAAACAGAGAACAUUCCAGGAAUUUCUUCACUUUAUAUGGAAGACCUUCUAACUGUUCUUCGCAAAACAGAUGAUCACGCAAUGCAGCUUGCAUUGGAAUGCAUAUAUAUGGCAUCCAAAGCAAAUUAUCUUUUGUUUACCACAGUUCAAGAGUUAGAGUCUAAAACAAUUGAUACACUUAAAGAUAUAUUCUCCUUUCCCAUCUAUCCUAUUGGUCCUGCAAUUCCCUAUUUAGAACUCGAAGAAAACACUUCAGGAAACACGGAUCAAAGCCAUGACUAUAUUAAAUGGCUAGAUUCUCAACCAGAUGAAUCAGUAUUAUACAUUUCUUUAGGUAGUUUCCUUUCCGUAUCCAAUGCUCAAAUGGAUGAAAUUGUUGAAGCGUUAAAUAAUACUGGAAUUCGAUAUCUGUAUGUUGCUCGCGGUGAAGCAUUGCGAUUAAAAGAUAAGAGUGGAGAUAAAGGCAUGGUUAUACCAUGGUGUGAUCAACUAAGAGUAUUGUCACAUUAUUCUAUAGGUGGAUUUUGGAGCCAUUGUGGAUGGAAUUCAACAUUGGAAACUGUUUUUGCUGGAGUACCAAUUUUUACAUUUCCACUUUUCUUGGAUCAAUUUCCUAAUAGUAGUCAAAUGGUUGAUGAAUGGAAAAAUGGGUGGAAGAUAGAGGUAUCACCAUUGUCAGAGAAUGAAGUGAAUCUUGCAAAAGAAGAUAUAGAAAUGCUUGUUAAGAGAUUUAUGGAUCUUGAAAGCCAAGAGGGAAAGAAAAUUAGAAAUAGAGCAAGAGAACUUAAGGUUAUGUGUCGUAAAGCUAUUGGCAAAGGUGGAUCCUCAGCUAACAACCUCGAUGCAUUUUUCAAUGAGAUUUCAUUUCAAGGUCACUAAUAAUUGGAGUCUUGAAAGUAGUUGAUACGAAAUGUGUGUGAGAGUUGAAAAUUCUAUAGUACUAGUUUGAUUCCUUCUUAGAUAUAAUAUAUUCAAGGUUGUUGAUGCGUUGAAUAGGUUUGGGAUCACCUACACAAAUGAGUAAUGAAUUAGUGGAAUAAUGAAUAUUGUAAUUGAAUAGAA